UGUCGUUCACACCUUUUAUCACCUUUUGCCUUCCUGUCAGAUCCUUAUGCCAACCAAAAGUUGAAUGAGGCCCCGCUCAGACAAUGGUGGUCAUAUUAGGGGAGAUACUGUCGGACCAGCACUUACAUGUAGAGCGGUCUCGGCACAUGCGAUUACUCGAUUUCAACAACCCCGCAGUGGUCGUCAGACUGUCCAAACAAUUUGCUCAUGUUUAUGCCGUGUGACCCAGAGGCGCGCCCUAUUCUUGACCUAAGGUAUGCAGUGCCAGGUGCGCUGAUAAGCAAGUUCGCUUAAGUCAUCAGCUGAUUUCGUGGUCGAGUCGCGGUUUAUCACUUUCUCCCGUUUAUUUCCCCCUUUGUUUGCAAGUGUACUCUCGCCUUGUACACUUCAUUACAUCCCAUGUGCCCUCAUGCGCAAUCCAACCCCAGGCAGACGACAAAAUGACCACAAAGACUAUUACGGCGCAAUGCUAUUGCAAAUCAAUCCACUACACUCUCACUCUGCCCGUGUCUGCCCUUCCAAUCAGCACGCACUUGUGUCACUGUAGCCGAUGCCGCUACACCCAUGGUACCUUGUGCAUCUUCCAUGCAGAGAUACCCGGGGACGUCCACCCGCGUUUCAUCGCGCCCUCCAGCCUCGAGAAAUUUACCACACUAUACCCAUCUUCCGAAGACAACAGCGGGCUCCAUUUUUGUUCCACCUGCGGUUGUCAUAUGGGCGACUACAGCGAGCGGGAAGACAAAUGGGUCGUCGCCACAGCUUUGUUCUCCAAGGACGAAAGUGUCUUCAUCUUUAACGAGCACAUCUUCACAAAGUCUUCGCCAGCCGGACUACAGGAUUGGCUGCCCAAGAUCGGAGAUCGAGAGAUGAAGGUCUGGAAUCCAGAUGAUGGAAGUGCAGAGCCAACCAUCCCCGAAGCUGAAGUUGGCGCGAAUGGAGAAGAGCGACUGCGAGCUCAAUGCCACUGCGGUGGCGUCUCAUUCACUCUUCCCCGCCCAACCAAAGAGGUGCUUGAUGAUGAUUGGAUGAGCAAGUUCGUCUCGCCAGUCGACAAGGCCAAGUGGAAAUGCUGCAUCGAUGCCUGCAAUGACUGUCGCCUGAUCAGCGGCGUUGAGAUUAAUGCCUGGCUUUUCGCUCCCCUGAUGUUGUUGGAACCCAAGAUCGAUCUGGACUUCAAGCAUGGCACUCUAAAGUUGUACGUGUCUUCUCCAGGCACCACCCGAACAUUUUGUGAUGUGUGUCGUGCUACGGUGUUUUUCUGGUGCGAAGAGCGGCAAACAAAGCCUGGGAACAAUAUCGUGGAUAUAUCGGCUGGGUUGUUGCGAGCCCCUGAAGGGGUGAGAGCAGAUAAUUGGACUACGUGGCGCACAUAUGAAAUAGGCUGGUUGGAGGCUGGAUACAAGUAUGACAAGGAGCUCUAUGAGAGCCUGAAUGAAGGUGUUCAGAAAUGGGGAGCAGAGACACAGGGGCAACUGGUCGAUUUCAAGAUUGACUAGACGUGCGUCCAGGAAAGUUUUACCAUAUUCACAAUUAUUACUA